UAACCUUCAAAAUUUUAGUACUUCCACGUACUCGAACCUCCUCGUUUCUCGUUUCUAUGAUCUUCAUAUUCCAUUAGAGUUUGCUUCACCCAGCAUCAUCUCUCGAUCUUGAUUUGGCUGUAAGACCCCACCAAACACUUCUAGCAAAUCUACUUCUUCAGCCGACAUGAUGACCAUCAGCAGCAGAACGCUCGCGUUUCUCUUCUUCCUCUCGCUCCUUUCUUCUAUCUCGCUUGCAGACAAUGUUAAUGAGGAUUUGGAAGAUCUCGAACAGCUUCUCUCUAUUGACGAGGAGGAGGACAAGGGCGGCGCCGCUCAAGGAAAGCCCUCAGAAGCGGAGCUCCUUAGCCGAGCCCAAAGGAUCGUUGUCGAGCUCAACAACGAGAAUGUCAAGCGGGUUAUCGAUGGGAAUGAGCUGGUUUUGGUUUUGGGUUAUGCUCCCUGGUGUCAGAGGAGUGCUGAGUUAAUGCCUAGGUUUGCCGAGGCUGCCACAGCGCUGAAGGAGAUGAAAAGUCCGGUUGUAAUGGCGAAGCUUGAUGCGGAGCGCUAUACUAAGGCGGCAAAGCUGCUUGACAUCAAGGGAUUUCCUACUAUUCUUCUCUUUGUAAAUGGUAGUGCUAAGCCAUACACUGGAGGAUUCACAGGGGAUGAAAUAUUGAUUUGGGUUAGAAAGAAGACUGGUUCGCCUUUAAUAAGAUUGUCUUCAGUAAUAGCAGCCGAGAAGUUCCUUAAAAAACAUCAGAUACAUGUUAUAGGGUUCUUUGAGAGCUAUGAGGGAAUUGAAUAUGAUGAGUUUGUUAAAGCAGCAACCACUGACAAUGAAAUUCAAUUUGUUGAGACUAAUGAUGUUAAGGUUGCGAAAGUUCUUUAUCCAGACAUUAGAUCUAACAAAGCUUUCAUUGGCAUUGUCAAAACUGAACCUGAAAGAUAUGAAAGUUUUGAGGAAAAAAUUGAGGAAGAGAAUAUCUUGAAUUUUGUGGAAGUCAACAAGUUUGCUUUAGUUACUUCCUUAACCGAACUUAAUUCUGCCAGAGUCUAUUCCAGCCCUAUAAAGUUACAGGUCUACUUCUUUGCGGAGACUGAUGAUUCAAAGCCCUUCAUCUUGUUACUUCAAGAUGUGGCAAGAAAAUACAAAUCCAAGAUAAUGUUUAUAUAUGUUGAUUCUUCGGAAGAAAGCCUUGCAAAACCUUUAUUAACAUUAUUUGGGCUGGAUGGAAAAAGGCCUCUUGUGACUGCAUUCGAUAAUAGGGUUGGCUCCAAAUAUCUUAUGGACUCAGAUAUUACUACACAGAAUUUAGAAGAGUUCUGCUCAGGACUGCUGCUUGGUACUCUCUCACCCUUCUUCAAGUCAGAGCCCAUUCCAAAUCAUAGUGAGAUUAUUGAAAAGGUUGUUGGUAGGACAUUUGAUUCCUCCAUCUUGGACAGUGCUGAGAAUGUUUUUCUCGAGGUUUAUACACCGUGGUGCAUUGACUGCGAGGCUACGAGCAGGCAAAUCGAGAAGUUAGCCAAGCAUUUUAAGGGACAGGAAAAUUUGAAGUUUGCUAGGAUUGAUGCAUCUCUAAAUGAACAUCCGAAACUGCAGAUAGACAACUACCCUGCACUCUUGUUUUAUGCUGCUGGAAAUAAAUCAAACCCGAUCAAACUCUCCAAGAAGUCCAGCACAACGGAAUUGGCAGCUUUUAUAAAAGAAAAUAUGAAAUCGAAAACAGCAAAUACAUCAAGCCAUGACAAGUUCAAGAAAGACGAAUUAUGAAAUUCAUUAUUUGUUGAAUGAUGCUUAGCAACAUCUAAAGUGAGCUCUUCUUCAACACCACUUCUAUGCGAUGUUGGAAGGGAAGAUAAUAAUUUAUAAAUUUUUACAUCUAUGUGUAGGAUGCUUUUUAAGUUAUAAGGUUUAAUUCUGGCGUUAGAUUUUCAUUGUAGUUCUUAAAACCUUUUUCUCCAUUUAUUUUAUAAGGGGAGCUAUAACAGGUUAACGCUUCAA